GAGGGAACGCUCCGGCUCUGCCGCCUGAGGGAACGCCGCGGCCCCGCCGCCUGAGGCAGCGCUCCGGACCGUCCCUCGGGGUCCGCGGAGGGGCCUUGCGCAGCUCCGCGCUCCGGCCGGUGCCGGGGAUGAAGCGCAGGCGCAGGGGCGGCGAGGCCCAGCAGGCCGGAGCGUGCGAUGUCUGGCUGGACACCGGCGAGCUGAAGCAGAGCGCGUCGCAGUCUCUCCUAGCCAAGCCAAAAGUAUUUAAUCGGAUUCUGGAAAGGAAAUACACCUCAGUCGCUUUCACACAGACAAGAGCCUCUCAGCCACGCACCAAGCAAACCACCAUCUCCACCUUCUUCAGCACUCUGACAGUUGCAUUCACUUACUUGCUGUAUGUGUUUGGAUUCAUCAAAUGCUGCUGCUGGUCACCCAGAGGCCUGUAGGAUUUAAGAUGCUGGAGUACUUCUUAUUUGAUGAAAAAGACAAAGAAAACUCCAGGCCAUCUCCUUUCAUCCCAAAUAAAGACUGUAAAGAAAAAGGUAUUUCUUCAGCUGCCUCCCCUGUGAAGAUCUUGGCUUUGCCGCAGAUGGAGGAAGCCCAGAAACAAUCCUUCAGAGUCGAGGAGACGGUGCAGGUUACAACCCAGCAUCGUGCACAGAAAGCGCCGGACUUGCCAACUCCUUCACCAGACUCUUUGGUGCCCCACGCAGAGUCCCCCGGUGAGAGCGAAGCCCCCUGUGGGGCAGGAGAGGACUUCUGCUCCUGCAGCUUCACCCAGGAUUCAGAGGGCAACCGGGUCAUUGCUCACAGAAAUGAGUCUGAUUUAUUUGCUGGAGAAAUGGUUUCAGUAAGUGGUGGCAUAACUUCAGACUGCGGGAUAAACAAACGUGAGGGCGAGCUGCACCCAGGGAAGGCCAAGACCAGCCUUGAUUCCCAACCGAGACUCGGUGCAAACCAGAAUAAGAAACCACAGCAAUCAAGUAGUGUUAAUUCUUUAAUUGAUUUCACUGAGACUGAGAAUAUAAAUCCUACUAUAAUGAGAGGCGGCACCUGGGCUGCUGGCUUUUAUUCAUCCCCACGAAGACCGGCCAGAGCACAGCCUCUGAGAGAGCGCAGCCAGAACAGUUGGGCCGAGGAGGGAUGGGGCAGUGAGGCGGGGCUGGGCAGGCCCUGCGGGCAGCUGUUCACCCAGGAUUCGGAGGGGAACAGAGUGAUUGCUCACCACUGCCAGAACAUCCCGUCCCCUUGCAAGGACAAAGGCAGCUCUCGCAGGCAGCUGCCUGACUCCCCCUGCAAGGGCUGUUCCAGCGACGCUGCAAAGAGCUUGAACAAAGUGGGUGAGCAACAGUUAGAUGAGUGCUAUGAUUUACUGUUCACACAGGAUUCGGAAGGGAACAGAGUGAUUAAGCACUGGUAAGUGACCUCAAAUGGGUCACCUGUGUCACCUCUUGUGAAGCCUCAGGAAAGCAUUUUUUUAUAAGAAAGUGGUCGGAAUUAGGUAAGUGUACCCCUUGCUUCUGUGUGUAUGGUCUAGCCAACAAACGCAGCAGACCCAUGCAACAGGCAGGACCUCUGUGUUGUCUGAAGUUUUGCUUUAAUAAAAAAAAUGAUUACUGAAGGA